GCACGCCGGCCGCCGCGUGAUAUCCGUGUAUACGUGGUGCGCUCUCCUCCGUGGCCAGCAGCCCGCCAGAAUCAUAAAAGUCCUCGAGAUUUGUAAUUUUCACAACGAGGAUCGUCGUCGGUAAAGAGAGGAAAUAUCAAACGGAAGCGAGGAGAAAUAUCGCGCGGGAAAUCACCUCCGCAAACAAUAUACGUCUCGGGAGGGUGAAGAGAGGGGUUGGCGAGUUAGCGGGAGCGAUUUUGAGAGGUGAAACUCCAUAUCCGGUGCGCGUGCGUGUGUAUUGUGCACGGGGGAGUGUGUAUGGGAGGGAAGACAGCAACGACGAAGACGACAACGACGAGAGGCAUCGCGAUAGACGAUUCCCGGAGCGAACGAAAUCCUGACGGAUUUGACGCGUGUCGAGUGAAAACUCGACAAACUCAUUUUCGCGCGAAUGGGGUUUUGUCUGCGAGCACUGAUGGUCAAAUAGUCGGGGUUCUCACGGUGCUACCGCGCGUAACACGCCUCGAGUAACACCGAGAGCGCGCGCGCGCGCGAAAGAGAGAGAGAGUAAGAACAGUUGUUUUCUUAUUUCCUUUUCGGCGCGAUAAGAAUUGAGAUAUCCGGCCCGACAAUGAGCAAGUGGAUGAAUUGUCCGUCCUCAUUGCUGUUGCUGCUGCUCGGUCUGAGUUUGCACAGCGCGUGCACCACGCGAACGAACGUAACCAACGGCCAGCAUGGUAAUCAGGACAGCGGCAAAGAUCCUCUCGUGGUGGAAACCACGAGCGGCCUGAUGCGCGGUUUCUCCCGCACGGUGCUGGAUCGCGAGGUUCACGUGUACUACGGGGUGCCGUUCGCGAAGCCACCCGUCGGCCCGCUGCGGUUUCGCAAACCGCUGCCGAUCGAGCCCUGGCACGGGAUUCUGAACGCCACCACGUUGCCGAACAGCUGCUACCAGGAGCGCUACGAGUACUUUCCCGGAUUUGAGGGCGAGGAGAUGUGGAAUCCGAACACGAACAUCUCCGAGGACUGUUUGUAUCUAAAUAUUUGGGUGCCGCAGAAGGCGCAUCUGCGUCACAACAAUCCUAACGGCAACGGGAUGGCAAUGCUUGUGUGGAUCUACGGGGGCGGUUUCAUGAGCGGCACCGCCACCCUCGACGUCUACGACGCCGACUUUAUGGCGGUGGCCAGCAACGCGAUCAUCGCUUCGAUGCAGUAUCGAGUCGGCGCCUUCGGAUUUCUCUAUCUCAAUCAACACUUCACCAACAGCGAGGAGGCGCCGGGCAAUAUGGGCCUGUGGGAUCAGGCGCUCGCUCUGAGAUGGCUGCGCGACAACGCGCACGUCUUCGGAGGCGAUCCCGACCUCAUCACUAUCUUCGGCGAAUCCGCGGGCGGUAGCUCGGUAUCGCUUCAUCUGAUCUCGCCGGUUACGCGAGGUCUGGUGCGCCGUGGUAUCCUACAGAGCGGCACCCUCAACGCCCCGUGGAGCUACAUGACCGGCGAGAAGGCGAAUCAGGUUGCGCGGGUGCUGGUGGACGAUUGCGGAUGCAACUCGACGAUGCUUCAGGAAAACCCGGCGCGAGUUAUGGCCUGCAUGAGGUCGGUGGACGCAAAAACCCUGUCCGUGCAGCAGUGGAACAGUUACUGGGGCAUUCUCGGCUUUCCGUCGGCUCCAACGAUCGACGGUGUCUUCUUACCCAAAGAUCCGUUGGACCUGGUGAGAGAGGUGGAUUUCGAAAAGACCGAGAUCCUCGUUGGAAAUAACAAGAACGAAGGAACGUAUUUCAUUCUGUACGACUUCAUUGACUUCUUCGAGAAAGAUCAGCCCAGUUUUUUAGAACGAGACAAGUUUCUCACCAUCAUCAACUCCAUCUUUAAGAACAUGUCAGAAAUCGAGAAGCAAGCCAUUAUUUUCCAAUACACCGAUUGGGAUCGAAUAAAUGAUGGCUAUGAAAAUCAAAAAGCAAUAGCGGACAUCGUCGGCGAUUACUUCUUCAUCUGCCCGUCCACACAUUUCUCGCAAGUGUUUGCGGAUCGCGGCAUGAAGGUCUACUACUACUUUUUCACGCAGAGAACGAGUACGAAUGUAUGGGGCGAAUGGAUGGGCGUGAUGCACGGUGACGAAGUGGAAUACGUCUUUGGGCAUCCUCUGAACAAGUCUCUGAAAUACAAUAACGAAGAGCGAGAUUUGUCAUUGAGAAUAAUUCACCACUUCUCGGAAUUCGCUUAUACAGGGAGGCCAACGGCGGACGAGUCCAAGUGGCCGCCUUAUACCAGGGACCAUCCGAUGUACUUUAUUUGGGACGCGGACAAGCAGGAAACCUUCGGCAGAGGUCCCCGCACGACAGCCUGCGCGUUUUGGAACGAUUUUUUGCCGCGGCUAAAAGGGAUACCCGACCCCACGCCUGAGGCAUGCAAGAGCGCAAUGGCGUCGAGCGUUUCUGCGGGUGUCGGCAAGCUGCGUGCUUCAUCGACGAUCGCGUUCAUCCUUCUACUUCCGGUGCUGGCGGUAUAUAGAUUCAUAUAAGCGGUUAAUCACCCAUGUCGACAAACCCUUUUCACGGAUGGCAGGUGCCCGGUUGGGCAGAAAUGCCCGGCAUCGGCGCCACCGUCCGUUAAACAGGUCCUAUAACGAGCGUUGUUCACGCUUCAAGGUCGCAUUAGCGGUCGUCAAACCAUUCGUAGAUCGAUAGGUCGCCGUAGAGAUGUAUGGCAACUCUGUCGUACCGAGCAGUACGUAGACCGUAUUUUCACCGUGUCGUUAUGUCACCGGAUUAGCACACAAGCCGCGGACAUUUGCGUAUGAUAAUCAGAUGCGUUUCUUCAGGGCGCGUCGCUUCUAGGUAGCCGAUCGAUCUAUAUAAUGCUCGCGAUUCGCGAUCGAACACGCUAUAUCCUCGACAGAGAGAAAGAGAGAGAGAGAAAGAGAGAGAGAGAGAGAGAGAGAGAGAAGCGAAUUUCGGAAAAAAGCCGUCGAAUGAUCGACGCCAGCAAAAUCCGAUUUCGACGAUUCGCGCUUAAGGCAUGCCCAAUUCUCCGUGCAGCUUCAUUGAUCUGAUUCCCAGUCCCAGAUUAUUUCUCGCAAUUCUCUUGCAGAAUCCUCGCGCUACGAGAUUCUUACACCGAACUCAUCGUAGAUUUGAUUGAUCGUGCGGAACAUUUGGUGCGAGAUAUGAUGCAGGUCUCGACUUAGCUCGCGUGCGAUUUUAUAUUGCGAUUCCGCAACAGAACGCGCUGCUUCUGAAUUAAUCGCUACGGUUUUUACGGCCAAUAAUCUCGCACACCAGAGAUUAUUGUCUUUUCUAGAAUCUGCUCUUCUGAGAGAGAGAAAUCGUUUCGAGAAAAUCGAAAAGAGCGAAGAUUAAAACGAACGCUCGUAAAAGAUUAUCGAUGGAGGAGAAUAUAAACAGACAGAGAAAAAUACGAACGGUAACUUGUAUCGAUCUCGCAACAUCUUGCGAGAAAAUACGCGAGAGAUUUGAUAAAUGGUGUGAUCGAUGAUCGCGCGCUUAGAAAUUUCGAAGAUUUCGGUUUCACGCGGGAGCAUCUCGCGCGAGAGCAAAUUUUGAUCUAUUGCGCGAGCUGCGCAAUAAAUUCGGUAAUAUAUUUGCAAACGUGAGUCACGAUAAGAUACUUCCAGAUACCAGCUGCGACCGGGUGCGCAACAUCUUGUGCGAUCACGCAUUUGAUCUACUAGUUUGCAACACACAGUCGUUUGCUUAAACUCCGACACGACCUGGUCGUGUGCGCACAAGACCAAUUUCAGGAUAGAAAUUAACAGAGAGGGAAAUGACAAUGUCGAUAAACUGUGUAAGCGCGCGCGCGCAUAACUGAAGAAAAUUAGCCGGCGAGGAAAGACGCGAUUUGCUCUAGGUUUAUGGUAAACUGAAGAGAGCGAACGAUUAAUAUCGUGUCAAUUACUUUUCUCACCGUCAGAUCGCGAAAGAGACGCUUUUGAGGAAAAUCUUUGAGCAUUCGGUGUGUUUCUCAAAGACGACGUCUACAUAGACGACAUUGUUAAAUGGAAGGCGGUGAUGCAAAAUUAUAUAAUAGACGUAUUUAUAAUCGGAAUUAGAACAGAGAGACGUGUUUUGUAAAUUAGUUAAUAACGGGGAGAGACCAGCUAUCUUUAUUUGAACACAUUGACAAUACAUAUUGACGGCAAAAAAAAAAAAAAAAAGAAAAAAAACGAAAUAGCGCAAAGAAAAGAGACUUUCGAAAAUAACGGAAUACUUUUCAAUGAAUGCGUAAAUUUUGUGCGGCAAUUUUUGGGACUACGUCGAUAGCGUAAUGCGGUUGAAGAUUUAUUAGGAUACAAUAAGUGAAUAUUUAUUGUUCGAUUCUUAUCUAAAAAAAAAAAAAAAAAAAAAAAAA